AUGGGCGGCGAUCCCGAUGUCACAAGGCAACAGCCCGAAGCGUCGUCGCCCCGUACGCUCGAACAAGGACCCACCGCCAAGUCUGAGACGCAGAAGACUUUCUGCGUCACAUCUCAACAAGCUGGGGCCGUAGCUGAUAACGCGGUGCAAGGAGGCCCGUCAGACCUGGCGCAGGCUGACGCCGGUGCCGCAGCAACGGCUGAAUUGGACGAGUUAAUUGAUGAACUUGAAAUGGGGCUGACGACGGAUGAUGACUCGAGGUCUAAGAGUGGUCCCCGCAACGUGGAAACUGUAAAAAUAAAUAAAACAGAGGCUGACGUUGAUUCUACUGUAGAGCCGGUUAAAAAGCCAGAAUCAGCCUUUCCAGAUUCAACAGUGAUGAAAGCCACUGCGGACAGCAGCUCCGAUAAAACUGAUAAAGUCGACGUGAACGAUGAGACAAAUGCCAAUGUGGCAACAGAUGUCAACAGAGGACCUUCAGAAAAACCUUUGCAGUUUCUCAAAGCUCGCGAUGAUGUGCAAAGAAUGGAAGCAGCCGAUGGAAACGAGGCUGGAAACGCGCCGCAGGUUUCUGCCGAGCCACCCGUUACUCAGACAAAGAAUGGUAAUGAAGCGAAAGUCGACUUCCUUGCCAAGGUUCGGGAAUCUGCCUUGGCCCAGCAACUUGACCGUAAAUCCAAACCUGCCCUUUGUGGGUCUUUUACUGGGGCCACCGCAGAAGCGUCUGGUUGUGUCGUGGGUGAACAAGACCCCGGACGUAAAAGGUUACCCGUGGCUUUCCCUGACACGUCCACCAAACCCAAUAGUGAGUUAAGCAGGGCAGGAAGGCGUGGUGGAGGAAGUCUAAAGUGCCUGGAUAAAAUGCCCGUUAAAAACGAAACCUGUCUAAAUGCGCACGUGGAGAAAAUCCCCGUAGUGCAUGCCAAAUCUGUGGACAAGCAAGUAAAGAGUAUACCUGUGGAGCGACAGGAUGCAUCAUCCGAACAGCAUACGGAACAACUGGUAACACGCCAACACAAGACGCACGUGGAAGAGUCUGUAUUGAUCCAGCCAGUGGAAAUCCGUCAAGAAAUUGCCGGCGCUAGAGAAGAAAUAGUUGAGCCAGACAAAGUUUGCAAGGUUAUUGCAGAAGCAAGGCUAACUAAAAGUGAAAAAGUAUCCGAAAUAAAUGAAACUUCACAGCCAGUAAUGGACCAGUCAAAUGAGCCUGGGGCUUCGAUGCAAAACAGAAUUUUUCACAAGACUCGAUCAAUUUCAAAAGAGCGACGUGCACCUGAAGUUGAAUGUCAAAAUCAUUCUGCUGAAACAUCUCCAGUUUUUCCUGUCUGUAAGCAGCCUUCAGAUCGGUGGAGGUCCACAAAUGAAAUCACCAGAGAUUACCUUCCUAAAGUGGGAUUGACCACUUACAGAAUUGUUCCUUCCAAGCCAGUCAUAAGACCAAAACCUGGAACAGCUGAUGUCCCAUUCCUUCUACCAGCUUAUAAAACAGAACCCGGCAAGACUGAAAAUGCUACUGCAACCAAUGCUACAAAAGAAAUCAAAGAAACGUUGAAAUACUACUCAACAGCGAAGAUCGGUGACAUUACAACCAAUCCACAACAGCAUACAGCACAUCAGUCACCGGUGAUUCCUCUACCAUUAAUUCCCCCACCAGUGAUUCCUCCACCAUUGAUUCCCCCACCAGUGAUUCCUCCACCAUUAAUUGCCCCACCAGUGAUUCCUCCACCAUUAAUUCCCCCACCAGUGAUUCCUCCACCAUUGAUUCCCCCACCAGUGAUUCCUCCACAAUUAAGUCCUCCACCAGUGAUUCCUCCACCAUUAAUUCCCCCACCAGUGAUUCCUCCACCAAUGAUUCCUCAUUUAUCAGGGCUCUCAAUUGUGGCUCGCCCAUUCCAGAGGUCCCAUUCCCUCCAGUGUACUACGGAGGCAAUAUCUCAGCAACACUCUGCCACCGAGCCACUUGCCAGCACUGCCACAUCUCCACCACCACUACCACCACCACCAUCGAGCUCAAAGCAAGAUGCAUUUUUCCGUCCCGGCAGGAGGGCCUCCAGCAUCUACGUGGCAUCUGCCAUUGCCAAGAGAACAGCCUACAAGGCCAUUGAUGCUCCGAAUGAAACUUACAGUGGCACAACCACAACAAAUACAACACCUGUACAUGCUUUGCCACCAAUUCAGGUAAAUUGGGAACAGGAUGAGCUCACGAUUCCACCACCACCACAGUUUUCUACGGAAGAAAAUGCCAACAUUCCAAAUGCUCCAGGUGACCCGGGGAAGGUGAUUAUUAUAACCGAGGCACCACGAGUCCAUCAAUGGAAGCCAAAACUAUUCAGACCAGUCAGUUUCCCAAGCGUCAUGUUCAAAAAUGACAAACCAUCUAGCGUGAGUGUAGCGUCGAGUCAUUCAGAGUCUAAGAACGCCGUUUUUCCUGUCAAGUCACCACCUCCGGUGAGUCCUAAACCAAGUAGUGGAAACCCUUUUAAUACCCCAUCUGCAGCAGCAGCGGCAGCAGCAGAAGACGAAGAACUGGUGUCUCAGCAGUUGAGAGAAGCCGACUCGGGCGACUCAGCCACAAGGAAACCAUCAGGUGAAGACAGCUGUCCGUUUGGACCGAUGCUGAAGUCAAAACCUGUGGUGCAAAAACCAAAGUUUAAUGUGACGGACGUGAAAAAGGAAUAG